CGGCUCCACCCGGCCCCUCCCGGCCCCGUUCCGCUCCGCUCCGCUGUUCCGCGCUUGCAGGGCCAUGGCCGAGUGGGCCCCCGCUCAGGACCUGGAGUGGGCCAUGGAACCCCAGGAGCUGUCCCUGGAGCAACCCCUGGCCGCCCCCGAGGAGGGGCCCGGCGGGGAGGCCGAGCUGCCCGCCGCCGAGAUCUCGGUGACGCUGGUGACGGAGGUGCAGGCCGUGGACAGGAAGGUGGAGGCGCAGGCGGCCCAGCUGAUGAACCUGGAGGGCAGGAUGAGGAUGGCCGAGAGCAAGCUGAUCGGCUGCGAGAGGACGGCCGUGGAGUUCGGCAACCAGCUGGAGAGCAAGUGGACGGCCCUCGGCACCCUCAUCCAGGAGUAUGGGCAGCUGCAGAAGAGGCUGGAGAACAUGGAGAACCUGCUGAAGAACAGGAACUUCUGGAUCCUGCGCCUGCCCCCGGGGGCCAAGGGGGAAGUCCCCAAGGUCCCCAUGGCAUUUAACGACACUUCAUUUAGCUUCUCGGAGGACGAGUGGAAGAACUUGAACGAGUGGCAGAAAGAGCUUUACAGGCAUAUCAUGAAGGGCAACUACGAGGCCGUGAUCUCGAUGGAUACUGCAAUUUCAAAACCUGACCUCCUGUCGCGGAUUGAGCAAGGAGAGGAUCCCAAUGCUGAAGACCAGGAUGACUCUGAGGGGGGAGAAACCCCUACGGAUCCCAGCACUGAGUUUUUCUUCCCCGGUCCUGAUGACAACUCGUGGAGUAAAUAUGAAGAUACCCUGGCUGAAAGUCACUACGGUUCUGAAGAAGAAGAAGAAGAGGAAGAAGAAGAGAGCAUGGAGACCCCCAAUACAUAUGCACAGCAAUGUGACGAGGAAUGUCCCGACAGCCUUGAGCUUCCCGGCUCGUUAGCGGGAAAGUGGGAUGAUGUUUUCUCAAACCCGGAGGAGGAGUUAAAGCCGAGCAGCAAGAACCGGAGCGGGUCGGGUCCACAGCAGAGAGGUGCAGCGGGCAAUGGGCUGAGGCGCUCCUCGCGCCGAGGGAGGGAACUGACAAAGAAGGAAGCUCCGGAAGAAGUGGCCGCUGAGGAGGGGCCGUACAUCUGCUGCGAGUGCGGGCAGAGCUUCCUGGACAAGGAGCUCUUCGCAGCCCAUCAGAGAGAGCACGUGGACGAGGAAGCCUGCACUUCUCUGGAAGCCGGGGAAAGCUUCAGGCAGAAAUCCAAAUCCUCUGCGAAAGGCCAACGCUCCAGACCGUCCAAACGUGCCAAUUCGGAGAAGGGCUCCGGCUUCAAGUACGGCUUUGUCAGGCCGAACAACAUGGUGGAAAGACCCUACACCUGCUCGCAGUGCAAAGAGAGCUUCAGCCUGGAGGUGAGCCUCAUCUUGCACCAGAAGCUCCACACGGGGAAGGGUGACGGGCCGCUGACCUGCACCUACUGCGGGAAGGACUUCCGGGAUCUCUCCAAAGCCAUCCGCCAUCAACGCAUCCACACGGGGGAGCGGCCGUACCAGUGCACGGAGUGCGGGAAGAGCUUCAUCCGCCGGGACCACCUGCUCAAGCACUGGCGCGUCCACACCGGGGAGACCCCCUACCAGUGCCCGGUGUGCGGGAAACACUUCCGCUACAAAGAAUCCCUGAAUUGUCACCAGAAAAUCCACUCCCGCAACCCCCGGCCCAUGGAUGAGUCGUUGCAGCACAGCCUGGAAUCGGCCACUCAAACUGGCCUUUUCUGUUUGAAAACAGAAACUAAGCAGUAUGAUGACUGCACGCACCCGCCUGCCAGUUCCCAGCAUUUCCAGGGAGCUUGCAGAGCUGGUGAACUGCACCAGCUGAGCGAGGGCUGCACCGUGCACAAGCACCGCUGGCACGGCCAGGAGCUGCUGCAGAGUUCCCUCACUGUCACCCUGCGCCACGAGGUCCCCAAGAACAGGAAUUGGAACAAGGCCUCGUGCCACAUUUGGGGACUGGAUGGGGCUGAGAGCACGCGGCUGCGCCAGGAUGGGAUGGGGCAGGGUGGAAUUGAUGGGCGCCAGACCCCCCCCCCAGCCUUCAUCCCCGGGUGUCACCUCUUUGUCCCCAUGGCAACGGGGCUCGGCUGUCCCCCUCCGCCCCUCCUUGCCCCAGUGUCACCUCUGUCCCCCUGCCCGUCCCGCGGGACUGUGAGCAGCUCAAUACGAGCAGGGGGCAGGGACAUCCCCACCAUUCUGAGGGUGGUUCAGCCCCAGGCCAUGGAGGUCCUCAACCUACCGACGGCCCCAUCGUUGAGUGUCCCCAGCCUCUGGGGGUCCCCAGCCCAGGGGAUCCUCAACCUAUUUGGGUUCCCAGUCUAUGGCUAUCCUCACCCCGUGGGAAUCCCCAGCCCUCGGUGUCACCAUCCUAUGAAGAUCCUCACCCCUGAGUAUCCCCAACCUUUGGGUGUCCCCCACCUCUUGGGUUCCUCAGCUCCGGGGCUCCCCAGGCUCUCAGGGCUGUUCCCAACCUAUGGGGCUUGUCCCCAAGGUGGCAGCCACCCUGGUAACACCCACACCCCAUCCCCGCAGGUUCCGGAACUGGGGAUGAGGCCGCGCUGUCCCUCGUCCUUCCAGCCGCGCGCCGGCCCAGAGCGCACCUCGGAGCGGGAGACGCAGACGGCAGAGCUGUCCCUGACGGUGGUGACGGCCGUGCAGGCGGUGGAGAGGAAGGUGGACUCCCAUGCCACCCGCCUGCUGGACCUGGAGGGCCGCACUGGAGUGGCCGAGAAGAAGCUGAUCGAUUGUGAGAAAACGGCGAUGGAGCUGGGGAACCAGCUGGAGAGCAAAUGCGCGGCGCUGGGCACCCUCAUCCAGGAGUACGGGCUGCUGCAGAGGCGCCUGGAGAACAUGGAGAACCUGCUGAAGAACAGGAACUUCUGGAUCCUGCGCCUGCCCCCCGGCAGGAAGGGAGAGGUCCCCAAGGUGCCGGUGACGUUUGACGACGUGUCCGUCUAUUUCAACGACAAGGAAUGGGAGAAGCUGGAGGAGUGGCAGAAGGAGCUGUACAAGAACGUGAUGAAGGGGAACUACGAGUCGCUGAUCUCGCUGGACUAUGCAAUUUCCAAACCUGGUGUUUUGUCCCAGAUCGAGCAAGGAGAGGAACCGCGGGUCAGGAAUGAGCAGGACUUGGAGGAGAGCGAGAUGAUGACCGAUGCCACCGCAGCUGGGAUCAGGGUGGUGAUCAAAACAGAGGAGCUGCUUCCAGAGGACAGCCCCGAGAACCCAGAGCUGCAUGGGAUGUCGGGGCAGUCGGAGGGCAGCUUCCAGAGCCCGGAUGAAGAGGCCGCCUGCGAGAGCCCCUACGGCUCCGUGUCCCCUCCCCGAGAGCUGCCAGGCACCAGCCUGGGUGACCCCUCCGAAUACGUCGGGGACUACAGCGAGAUCCAGAGGGUCAUCGUGCACCACGGGAGCUGCACAGAGGACGGCAUCGUGAUCAAGACGGAGGAGGAGGAGGAGGACGACGCGGACGAGCCGUGCUCCAUGUUCUCGGGCCGCAGCGAGCCGCCGGCGUUCCCCAGCCACGAGGCCGGGCUGGGCUGCGAGGCGCAGUGCAGCUCCAAAGCGGCUCCGCGAAGCCUGGCGGCCGCCCGCAUCCACAAAACCCCGUCCUGCGAGAGGGACGCGGGCGAGAUGAAGCCGACGUCCCAGCAGCAGCGCAACCGCACCAGGGAGCGGCCCUACAUCUGCCCCGAGUGCGGCAAGAGCUUCAUGCUGAAGAUCAACUUCGUGAUCCACCAACGCAACCACCUCAAGGAGGGCCCCUACGAGUGCCACGAGUGCGACCUCAGCUUCCGCAACAAGCAGCAGUUCCUGCUGCACCAGCGCAGCCACACGCGCCGCGGCGUGGGGGUCCCGCGACGUCCCGAGCACGGCCUCAAGGCCCCGGCGCGGCCGCCGGCCCCGGGGAAGCCCUACAAGUGCUCGGAGUGCGAGAGCAGCUUCAGCCACAAGUCCAGCCUCAGCAAGCACCAGAUCACCCACGUCGGGGAGCGGCCCUUCACCUGCGGCGAGUGCCGGCGCAGCUUCCGCCUGCAGAUCAGCCUCAUCAUGCACCAGCGGAUCCACGCCGGCAAGAACGAGAUGGCCUUCCUCUGCCCCCAGUGCGGGAAGAACUUCACGCGGCCCUCCCACCUCCUGCGGCACCAGCGGACUCACACCGGCGAGCGGCCCUACCAGUGCAGCCAGUGCGAGAAGACCUUCAGCGAGAAGUCCAAGCUCACCAACCACUACCGCAUCCACACCCGCGAGCGCCCGCACGCCUGCGCCGUCUGCGGGAAGGGCUUCAUCCGCAAGCACCACCUCCUGGAGCACCAGCGCAUCCACACGGGCGAGCGGCCCUACCACUGCACCGAGUGCGGCAAGAACUUCACCCAGAAGCACCACCUCCUGGAGCACCAGCGGGCGCACACCGGCGAGCGGCCCUACCCCUGCACCGAGUGCACCAAGUGCUUCCGCUACAAGCAGUCCCUCAAGUACCACCUGAGGACGCACGUGGGAGAGUGAGGGCCGCCCGCGUCCCCUCCCUCCCCUCCGCCCUCCCUUCUCCAUCCCUCCUCCGCCCGUACUCUCCCGCUCCCCCCCACCCCCGGCUCAGGGCAUGGACAUCACUCGGAAGCUUUGUGGUAGCGCCGCUGCUCUGCUGGAGGCAGCUCGGCUGAUGGGAAAUAAAUUAAUGAAUUAAAGCAAGCGCCGCGCGGCAAGAUUAAAAGAUUAUAUAUAUAUAAAAUUAACAGAAGCAGCUGAUUUAGGGAGAAACCCUCACCGUUAGGAAAAAAAAAACAGAAAAAAAAACAAAAAAAAAGAGAAACAAAAACAAAAGAGAGAAACCUGUACAGGUUGUUUGGCCGGAGUAGGACUCUUAACUGCUUUUUAAAUCUACUGUUUGGUUUUUUAAUAAAUGUGGAGGAACUUUUUAUUUGAUAAGCAAACCGAG